AAUAGAAAGAACAGCCGGCGGGCACACUGCGCUUAUGGAUUUUGUAGAAACACCUGGUCACACCGCACUCGAAAGACGGACAAAGUAUUUUAAACCAUCUGAUCGACAACAUCGUUCCAGCGAGCACCAACUCAUGGGACAGACCACAAGGCAGCACUGACACUCAGCCACACACAAUUCCCCUUGUGAUUCCCCAGUAGCAACAUUCCUAUAGCCCCUGCAAAAUGGCACAGAGCGUUCCGCUGACCCAGGCCAUUGGUGGCUACGUUUUUGGAAUUCUCCAGACCUUCAUUCGCUUCAUUUUCCGGCUGAUCUAUGGCCCCAAGGGCGAGAGAGUUCCUCCGAUCACAGACCCCAUUCUGCUGGAGUCUGCCUCUUCGCUGGCCAGAAAGAUUCGCAGCCAGGAGUUGAGCAGCGUCCAGGUGCUGGAAUCUUUCAUAAGACGCGUCAAGGAUGUGAAUCCCAUACUGAACUGCGUGGUGGAUGAGCGCUAUGACCAGGCUCUCAAGGAGGCCGCUGAGGCCGAUGCCUUGAUUAAAUCGGGAAAAUACACCGUGGAGGAGUUGGCCCAACAAAAACCCUUCCUGGGAGUGCCCAUCACCACCAAGGAUUGCAUUUCCGUCAAGGGCAUGCUUCACACUGCCGGCCUGUACGAACGUCGGGAUGUGCGCGGUGCACAGGAUGCCGAUGCCAUGGCCCUGAUGCGUAAGGCCGGAGCCAUUCCUUUUGCUCUCACCAACGUUUCGGAGGUGUGCAUGUGGUGGGAGAGCAACAAUACGGUUCACGGACGCACUAGGAAUGCCUACGACACAAAUCGCAUUGUGGGCGGCUCUAGCGGCGGCGAGGGGUGCAUCCAGUCGGCGGCUGCAUCUCCGUUUGGUCUGGGCUCCGAUAUUGGCGGCUCGAUUCGCAUGCCGGCCUUCUUCAAUGGCAUCUUUGGUCACAAGCCCAGCAAGCUGGUGGUGUCCAAUGUGGGCCAGUUCCCGGCACCAUUCAGUGCUGAGCAGAAUACAUUCCUCGGCCUGGGACCCAUGUCGCGCUUUGCCGAGGAUCUGCGUCCCAUGCUAAAGAUUAUGGCUGGCGAGAAGGCGGCCGUACUCAAUCUGGACAAGGAUGUGGACCUCAGCAAGCUGAAGUUCUUCUACCAGGAGUCUGAUGGCGGGGGCCGCUUGAUCUCCGCUGUGGACCCUGACCUCCGGCAGGCCAUGAAGCGGGUGGCUCAGCAUCUGAGCGAGAAGUUUGGCAGCCAGAAGGUGGAGCGUAUCCAGCUGCCUCAGUUCCGUCAGUCGGCGGCCAUUUGGUUUGCCAAUAUGCGGGAUGACAGUGGGCAUGGCUUUGCCUACCAGCUGGGUAACCUGGAACGCGACAUCAACACUUACCUGGAGCUCUUCAAGUGGCUGUUUGGCGCCUCCAAGCACACGUUCAUCGGCCUGUCGACAGCGAUUAUGGACAGUACCCAGUGCAAGCAUGGAUCUCCCAAGUACGAUCAUCUGGUGCGCAAGAGGAACGAACUGAGGACGGAGCUGCAGCGAUUGCUGGGCAAUAACGGGGUGCUCAUCUACCCCACGCAUCCCACAGUGGCGCCUUAUCACAACGAACCCAUCACGCGUCCCAUUAACUUUGCCUACACCGGCAUUGUGAACGUGCUGGGAUUCCCGGCCACCGCUGUGCCGCUGGGCAAGCUGGGCAGCGAGGGUCUGCCAUUGGGAGUUCAGGUGAUAGCCAACUUUAACGAAGAUCGGCUGUGCCUGGCCGUGGCCGAGGAGCUAGAGAGAGCCUUCGGGGGCUGGGCCAGGCCCUAGGUUCAAGCAUAUGUAGCGUAGCUAGUUGUUAGAUAGUGGUCAGGGAAUCUCCUCCUCCUCCACUCCCCCUGCAAAAAAAACCCACCCACCCAAAGCGUGAACAGCGAUUAAAGGUAUUCCUUGUAUGUACUCCAGUGCCUCGUUGUAAUAUCAAUUUUUGAUGUGGAUUAAUAUCUAUUUUGUAUGUGUUUUUAAUCGUAAAAUAAUCAAAGAUCCAAGCGGAUCCCUUUCCGUUGUGCAUUUAUAAUAAAUAAUUGCAACCCAA